AAAAAAAUGAAUAAAGUAUUUUCAUUACUUUUCUGUAUUUUAUUAUUAAGUCACGUUGCUUUGGGUGACUUUGAUUUCAAUUCCGUUGUUUCAAUUUCAAAGGACGAUGAUGUAGUUCGUGCUUAUGCUUCAGUACAACUCCCAGGUGGUUUUAUUGCUACUGGUGUUUCAGUCGAUGGUUCAUUAGUCGAAGGUGAUGGUGUUAAUGUCGAUACAUCAUUUUUCAAAUUUUCAACUCUUGGUUCAUUCCCAAUUUUACAAUGGUUCUAUUAUCAUGGUUCAGUCAGUGCUGGUGCCGGUGGUUCAAUUGAUAUUUCAACAUCAGCCCUCUCAUCAGCCUAUAUUCCAACCUACGUUAUUGAAUACGUUGAAAAGAACGGUCAAGAAGGUCUCCAAAUUGGUGAAGAUGAUAUUGUUGGUCACAUCAAUCUUGCUAAAUAUACUUAUGAUGUCGAUAUUGAAACCAAUAAACAAGCCACUGGUUUCAAUGUUUACCACAUUACUGCCACCAGUAGCAACGGUCUUUUCCAAAUGAACUUUACUCUUGCUGAUCAACCAGUCGAAGUUGAUGGUAACAGAAUUUCUGCUGAACAAACUAAAAUUGAUAUUGGUAUUUACAACUAUUAUGAUGAUAAAGUCAAUAAAGCCUCAAGCACUAUUCUUUGCAAAGAUUUAGCCUGUGGUUCAACUGGUCCAUCAUCAAACCAAUCAAGCCUUGCUCUCCUCUCAUUCUAUGCUGCUGGUAAAUUCGAUUUAGAUCUUAGUGGUAAUGCUGGUAUCACUGUCCAAAACGACAAUGGUAUCUAUGCUGGUUUCAACUGGGUUAGUAAUGCUAAAGUAACCAAAGAAGACGGCACUGUCAGCGUUUCUGCUAAUGUUGUCACCUCUGUCAAUGGUACUGAUAACCAAGUUUACGGUUCUGCCCAAAUCUCAGGUAUCUUCACCGCUGAUGCUUCACACAAAUUCCUCGUUCAAUCAUUUGAAGGUAUCAGACCAUCAGCUGUCGAAUGGGAUCCAACUAUGGGUGGUGCUAGCGAAAAAUUCCAAAACGAAAACAGUGGUUUCAGAAUUGCCUCAUCAUUUGUUUUAGUUUUAGUUGGUUUAGUUGCUGCUUUAUUACUCUAAAAAUUUUAUUUAUUUAAAAAAAAAUAAUUUUUAAAUUUAUAAAAAUAAGAAACAAAGAUCGAAAAAAGAAUUUAAUAACUUUAAACAAACUAUCUAUUUAUUUAAAUAAAAUUUAAUUAUCAUUUUAUUUUUAAAAUUUUAUUAAAGAGAUAAAGUUUUAAAAAUAAUUUAAAAUUAAUUAAAUC